GCAAAAGCUUUCUAUUUCCGGACAGACACCCCUUCUUCGUCGCCCACCGAGCACCCGCCUCGUCUCCCUGGAAACCAAAAUCAAGAAGAGGAAGCCAGGAGCCCAAGAAGGCAAGAACCACACACCCUCCCUGACGCCUCCGCUUCCGCCUCCUUCCCACGGGCGCACCUGAGCUCUAGCCCUAGCAUUUCCGCCUCCCCCCCUCUCCCCCUUGUUUCUCUUUCUGCAGGUAUGUAGUAUGCCCGAACCUGAAAUUCUUCCCUCCCUUCUAUUUUUCUUCUAUUUUUUUUUCCAGAUUGUUCGUGCGUCUUGUGCGCGGUUUCUUGGCCCGGUCAAUCUUUCUUCCCGGUCAUUCAACGGCGAUUUAGAAAUGGAGGUGGUGGAUUUGGUAUCAUCCGACUCCGAGGGCGAGGCGUGCGCGCACUCGCCUGAUCGGAAGCGCCCUGCCCGGGAGCCGGCGGAUCCAUCCCGCGGCCCCGGGAGUCUUCCUGUGCAGACAAGCAGAAUGGCCUGGCCGCCGCAGCACCCAUGUCAGGCGGUGAGGAAAGAUAAGGAGAAGGCGGGCGAGGGGGAGAGCGCGUGGGCAGCAGGGCCUCCUUCGCUCAGGGGAGGAUCGCAUGGUUCUGGUGCUGGUAUCUUGGGAGCUCGGCCUGUGGGGUGGGAUUCAUGGAGUGCAGCGGCACACAAAUCUAGAGAUGAAAGAGACGAAACGGCCGGGCGUUGUUGGGGACCUUGGGGUGAUGAGAUUUGCAGAUCAGUGUCUAUGCCCAAAGAAGAACCAGACAACAGGGAUGGUGCUGCGAUGCCUGGACAAAGCUCUAUGGCCAUUCCUGAGCUGCUCAUGGAAGACAGUAGCGCAUGGCUGUCGAGGAUCAAGGGGCUCCAUUUCCCACUUCCUGACGCCAGCCAGUUGAAGGCCAGGCAAAUUGAGUCGGAUGAGAUGCUCGCUCUUAAGCUUCAAGAGCAGUUAAACCAGGAACACCCAGGCUCGCAAUCUUCCCAGCAGGUUGAUUCGACUCUAGCUUGGACACUGCAUGAGGAAGAUGCAGCGCGUGCCAGAAUAGCGGCCAGAGAGGGCCAAUCUAGUUCUAGCCAGAGGGACCGCUCAAUGGCACACUUGUAUUCAUAUGGCUGGCGCUCGCAAGUUCAAGGUUCUACUUCAUGGACAGCUAGUCACACAUCGGCUCCAACCACAAGCAGACGGUGGUUGCCAAGAAACAGCGGCCCAGGAUCAGAGCAACAAAAUAUGAUUAUAUCUCAGUUGACCAAAGGAUUGUUUGGAGAAGAAAACAUGGAUUUGGAAAUGAGGAUGGCUGUUCUGGACUCACUCCAAGAUGCACUUGAAAGCUGUGCGGACACAUAUCCUACAGAUUCAGAUGAUGAUGAUUACGAGAACCUGAUAGCACUUGAUGACAACAACCAUCACAGAGGAGCUUCUGACAGUGAAAUUGACAGCUUGCCAGUAUCUGUCGCUGAGGGAGAAAGUCGACGGGACGAGCCCUGCCCUAUAUGCCUGGAUUGCCCUGCUGACGGUGUUUCCCUCCGGCAUUUGCCGUGUGCACACAAAUUCCAUAAAGAGUGCAUCGACAGGUGGCUUCGGAUGAGGACCUCGUGCCCUGUGUGCAAAUCCAGUGUAUUUUGACAGGACGCGGUACCAGCUGCAGCACCUGUUGGAAUAUAUAGCAUGAAAAAUAGAUUAGGAGCCGCUUCGACACUCCUGGCGCCGCAGUGCGUAGACAACUUUGUAAUGUUGUCUUUACACAAUGCUGGCCGGCUCUCUCUCUCUCUCUCUGAGCAGAGGGUUUAGCGUAUAUUGGAACCUCUCUCUCUUCUGCUGGCUGCGAGAAACAGGGCAUCACAAAUAUUGGAGUAUUGUUUUUUUGCUGCAAUUUUUUGUGUAGGGCAGAUGUAUGACAUAGCCCGAUUUUCAUGUCAUGUCAUGUGGAGCCUGUCAUGUACUCCCUCCAUUCCAUAAUAUAGGUUGUAGUAACAUCUUAUAUUAUGGGACGAAGUGAGUAUUACUGAAGAGAAAUGAAAGGUUUAUUCUACUGCA